UCCCACCUUUUGGUUUGGACUUUGGUCUGUGCUUGUUCUGUUUUGGCUGAUUUUGGUGAAAGAGCAAAUUUUUCUUUUCGUCAAAUUAAAAGAUGGGUUUUUCAAAGAAGUCCCAAGUGGAUGGAGGCCUAGAAUCCGAAGGCAAGAAGUGGGUAAUCGCCGGAAUCUCAGUACGAACCUCGUUAAAGCCGAUAAACACGAAACUGAGAGCUAAAGAAAGCGAAGCUGGAGAAGAAGAAGAGGCAUCUUCAACUACCCCAACAGCCAAAGAAGCCAGAAUACCUGAGAUUUUUUCAUGCCCGCCAGCCCCAAGAAAAAGCCGGCCUCCUUCAAGAUGUAACUUCAAUGGUGUGAGGGAGUUCUUUACCCCACCCGAUUUGGACUCAGUGUUCAAACUCCAUGUUGAGAAGGCAAAUUGAGUUGACAGUAGGCUACCAAGACCAAAGAAUUAGAGCAGAGAUUAGGAGUUUUUGUUGUGUUUUUAUCUAUUAAUUUUACCCUUUUAGUGUAACUCUCUGUCUUCCCUGUAAUGGGUAGCUGAUGUUGUACAAAGAUAUAAUAUUUUUAUG